AUGGAGCAGGCGGGCACGACCAGCCACCGGCGGGCCAUGUUCCGGCAGUCCAGCGUGGAGUGGCAUGAGUUUUUAGGGUUCCCGUGGGAGGAGGAGGACGGUCAUAGUCACCACCACCACCACCCCCCCGCAGGCCAGGCGGCGGCCGGCGCCCCGAGCGGUUCGCAAGCAGUUAGGGUUAGGGUUAGCCCGCCAGACAGUACCCCAAGCGGCUCGCAAGCAGUUGGGGUUAGCACCCAGCCGCCAGGACAUGGAGAUAUUAGGGUUAGGGUUCACCCGCCCGCCGUAUUAGGCAAGCGGAAGCGGGCACCGUGGCGGGCCGAGGCUGAGGAGCACCAGUGGGAGCGACGGCAGCAGCUGCAGACCAUGGACAUGACCGCCGCGAUGCAGCAGAUGACCGGGCAGGCCCGCAUGCAGUUCCGCGGCGUGCAGGCCAGCGCCAUGGCCGCCAUCCAGCAGGGCCGCAGCCCGGUGGUGGCCAUCAUGCCCACGGGGGGUGGCAAAAGCAUGUUAUUCAUGUUGCCCGCGUGGGCCGUGCCCGGCGGCACCACCAUCGUGGUGGUCCCGUUGAUAUCGUUGCGCCAGGACAUGGCGCGGNCUAUAGAGCAGGCCUAG